CCCUCGAGAUUUGCCUCUUCGCCUUCUCCUGCCCACAGCUGGGCCACGCUGUCCAGCUCCUCCACCGCCGCGGUGUCCGGGUCCGCAUCAUCACCGACGCGCAGUACAUGGGGCUCCGGGGCUCCCAGAUCGGCCUCCUCCGGCACACCGGGAUCCAGGUACGCCAUGACCAGGAGAAUGGUUACAUGCACCACAAGUUCGCUAUCGUGGACAGGAGGAUGCUCAUCACGGGCUCCCUCAACUGGACUGCUGACGCUAUCCAGAAGAACCGGGAGAACGUGCUGGUCAUGGAAGAUGCUGAGUAUGUGAAGCCUUUUCUGGAUGAGUUUGAAAGGAUUUGGGAAGAGUACAAUCCCAGGAACUACAGAUUUUUUUCCAAAGACAAUAAAUGA